AUGGUAACCGAAUCGACCGAUCUCGCCCCCAACUCGCACGCCGCCAAUCCCGACGCCAUGGACACAACCGGCCCCGAGGAUGAUGACGAUGCUGGGAAUUCGGGCUCUGACAACGUCUAUCCGACCCCAUCUAGCAUGUCGACGUACACUGCCACGACCGCCACCCGGACGGAAUCCAAGUCUCAGGCGCACGCCGCUGCCGAGAUCCCGUCAUACGAUGACCAGGUCGCCCAAGUCACCCGCCACAUGAUGCUACCCCUGCAGGAAGGACAGAAAGGAUAUGUUGUGUCCAUGUCGUGGCUGAAGCGUGUGUUGUCCAGGAGCUCGACCCACGCCACGCAGGGCGACAAGACCGCUACGGAAGGCGAUGUCGGCCCUGUCGACAACUCGGACCUUGUCCUAGUCACCGACCCGGCCAAUGCGGGUCUCAAGGAUGAGGCCGGAGAGCCGUUCGUGCCACUUCGACCGGGCUUGCAAAUGUCCGAGGACUAUGAGGUCGUACCCCAAGAAGGCUGGGAUCUCAUGAUGCAGUGGUACGGUCUGGCCGAGCAGUCCCCUGCUAUUGUCCGGUAUGCCCACAACACCAGCCCAUCCGGAGAGGCAGUGAACGUCCAAUACGAGAUCAACCCACCCAUCUUCACCAUCCUGAAACUUGCAAACCCGGCUACGGGAAUCAGUCCUCAGACACUCCGAGAGAAGUCGAUGAAGCCCGCUAGAAUCCUUGCCAGCCGACACACAAGCUACCAGAAAUGGUUGAAGGAGGCCAAGCAGCUAGCCAACAUCGACAUGGCUACCAAGGUCCGCGUUUGGAAAAUCUUGGGUGGUCUGGGUAGUGCUACUGCCUCCGCCGCCAUCACUCCCGCCGCAUCCCGCAGCGCGUCUCCAGCGCCUGCUGCGUCUAUGGUCGCCAACUCCGGUACGAGUCUCGUUCUUGAUAUCAACACCUUCCUCUCGCUUUCGGAAGGAGCGCAGCGCGAGCUGGUCGAAGGCGUUAAGGAUCAGACCAACAACCCUAACUACAACGGAAAGACGCCCUUAGACAUUUACGGGCUUGGUGGAAGCGACGUUGUGGUCCUUGAGGAACAAAUUUCUGGUGGUGAAUUUGUGUCUGAGGCAUCCAAGAAGCAGCUGAAUCGCCUUGGUGUCCCGUCUGGUAAUCUCAAAGAUGCGGUCUCGUCCAAACUCAAGAAUAAAAGUCCGACUAGCAGUGGUCGGUCAUCGCCGGUUCUUGAGCCGAUCAGGGGUCGACGCAAGGAUGGCAAGCCUCGUGGCUGCACUGGCCUGAGCAACCUGGGCAAUACGUGCUAUAUGAAUUCCGCGCUGCAAUGUGUCCGCAGUGUUGAGGAGUUGACCUACUACUUUCUGAACGAUGUUUACAAGCAAGAUCUUAACCCCAGCAAUCCGCUCGCCCACAAUGGUGAGGUCGCCAAAGCUUACGCUAAUUUGCUCCGUAUGAUUUACGACGAGAAUGGCCAGUCUUCGUUUGCACCCCGACAGCUGAAGAACACCAUUGGCCGCUAUGGACCAGCCUUUUCAGGUUAUGGACAGCAAGAUUCCCAGGAGUUCUUGCUGUUCCUUCUGGACGGUCUCCAAGAGGACCUGAACAGGAUCCAGAAGAAGCCGUACAUUGAGAAGCCGGACUCGACCGACGAGAUGGUCCACAACCGUGCGGCGCUGGAAGAGUUUGCGAAUAAAUGUUGGGAUAUCUACAAGGCCCGUAAUGACUCGGUUAUUACGGACCUCUUUGCUGGUAUGUACAAGUCGACGUUGGUUUGCCCAGAGUGUAAAAAGGUCAGCAUCAUCUUCGACCCUUUCAACAAUCUCACUCUCCAGCUGCCCAUUGAGAACCUCUGGAGCAAGGAGAUCUUCUACUUCGGGUUGAAUAAAAAACCCGUGAUCGUUGAUAUUGAAAUCGACAAGAACGCCAGCAUCAAGGCGUUGAAGGAAAUGGUGGCCAAAAAGAUGGGGUCCGACCCGCAGCGAUUGAUCAUGUGCGACAUGUACAAGGCCAAGUUCUACAAGAUGUUUGAUAACACGUCGUCUAUUGCCGAUUCGCAAAUCAGCGGAAACGACGACAUUGUCAUGUUCGAGGUAGAGUCGGUACCAACCAACUACAACCCCGACAAGCCCGCGCGGAGCUACUAUUCCUUCGGUCGCUCUAAUCACGAGGAGAUCCCCGGAAUUGAUUCCCCCAAAGCUGAAAGACUGCUCGUACCGGUCUUCAACCGGGUGGUGCGGCCUUCCCGGUCCGGAAACCCCAAAAAUGCCCAGCGCACGCUUUUUGGAGUCCCUUCUUACAUUGUCAUUUCUCGCCAAGAGAACUAUGAUUAUGAUGUGAUUUUCAAGAAGGUUCUUGAACGAGCCGCAACCAUGACAACCCGCGAUAUCCUUAACGAAGAGCCGCAGGAGGCAAACCAGGAAGACUCAGACACCGUUAUCAUGAAUGAGGAUGAUGCGCAGUCGGCUGACUCUAAGAUCAAGACAUCGUCCGUCGAUGGUGAGGACGGCCUGGUUGAUGUGUCUAUGCGGGAUGCCUCCGACCAAUCGGACACACAGCCAUCGCAAGAUUCCAAGAAAUAUUCUUAUCGCAAGUCGGAAAGUUCGAUUCCUUCUCGGUUCCGGGAUCUCUUCACGUUGAAGAUUAUGAAAGGCCAGAAUGAAGUGGUACCGCUGGGUUGGUCAGGGUUAGAUGACGGGAAGGAAUUCCCGAAAAUGGAAUUCCGACGAAAGACCAAGCCCGCCGUGGAAUUGGAGUCUGAAUCUACUGGCGACUCGGGUGCCUCCCAGAAAACUGGAGCCGAUGACGAUUCGGAGCAGGAGAAGAGUGACUCGAGUGGCUCCGAUAGUGCUUCGGAGAGCAUCUCUGGUAACACUGGAAAGCCUGAAGUGCAAAUCGUUCCGUUUGUGCGACCUGGCGAAGGAAUUGUCGUGGAUUGGACGGAAGAAGCCCAUGACGCCCUUUUCACAGGGAACAUCAGGGAUAUUAACCCUGUCCGUGGAGCCGCCACGUGGACGCACGUCGAACAUGUGCCGGACCCGGAGCUCUCCCAACGCCGCAAGCUUCGUCAGACACGUCGAAAGAAGGGUAUCACGUUGUACGAAUGCCUGGACGAGUUCAACAAAGAGGAAAUCCUCUCUGAGAACGAUGCCUGGUACUGUCCUCGGUGUAAGGAGCAUCGCCGAGCUAGUAAGAAAUUCGAGCUCUGGAAGACGCCCGACAUUUUGGUCAUGCACUUGAAGAGAUUCAGCGCUAGCCGUGGUUUCCGGGACAAGCUGGAUGUGUUGGUUGACUUCCCUGUGGAAGGUCUCGAUAUGAGCGGCAGAGUGGAGGCCCCCGAGGAAGGUGAAAGCCUCAUCUACGACCUGUUUGCGGUCGACAACCACUAUGGUGGCCUCGGAGGUGGUCACUACACCGCAUAUGCCAAGAACUUUAUGACAGGGCAGUGGAAUGAGUACAACGAUUCAUCGGUCUCCCGGCCCAUUGAUCCGCAGAGUGUCGUGACCUCAUCCGCCUACCUUCUUUUCUACCGGCGUCGGUCUGACCGCCCAUUGGGAGGUAAAAUCCUGGAGGAGAUCACGGAAUCUUCCACUCGCCCUGCAAGUGAGUCCGAGAGUGAGUCGCGCGGACAGUCCCCUUCGGGGAACGGUCAGCGCCUCGACGGCUCCUCCCGCAAUGGGUCGUCGAGCGCCUUAGCCGGAGUCGGAGCAGCUCACCAACCGGGAGAUGGUGGUUUGCCAACUGGAGCCCAAGCGAAGAACCGGAAUGACGACUCACCACCGGAAUACUCGGACCACCCUUCCUCCGGGGAAAAGCGUCUUGAUGGGGACAAUCGACUGGAAGGUAUGAUCUUUGAUGAUGAACCCGAGUUCGGUUAUGGCGGGCAAUCCGACCCGUUCCGUCUCCACAGCCAACCGCCCUUCUGGUCCUUCGACGCAGACACGGAUGCUCACGGUCAAUCACAGAUGACAACAAUGUUUCCGGGAUCCACCUCUGAUGACGAUGAUCUACUCGAUGACGACGCAAGCAACAAGGCUGUUGGAGACAUGAGUGAUUCUGAGAUGAACCUGAUCUCUUUGGCAGACACCCCAGCUGGCCAUGGAGUGUAUCCUGGAACCCCCAUGGAGGAGGUACCCGUUCCAGGAAUUUCACUUCCGACCCAGACGGAAGGCGACGAUGACGAUGAUGAGCUACCUGUCGUGGAGCUUCGAGUCGACGAAGACUGA